GGCUAUAGAUCUUAUUGCAACCACUGAUCUCUAUAAUGUAUGCAACAAAUGCAAAGCGCGCGACUUUCUUGAUCUUUGGCGUUUUGUAUUACUAAAGGUUCAGUGCUUUUUUAAGACUUCCUACUUUGGAAGUAUGGCAAUACCCAAUAAACUUCUGACCUUAGUGUUUAUACGAGAGGACAAUAGAAUUCUCCUGGGUAUGAAGAAACGAGGGUUUGGUGCCAAUUGGUGGAAUGGGUUCGGCGGGAAGGUGGAAGCUGGUGAAACCAUUGCACAGGGCGCCAAAAGGGAAAUGGAAGAGGAGUGUGGUCUCAUACUGAAGCAGUUUGAGGAAGUGGGAAGACUAGACUUUGAGUUUGUGGGUGAACCACAGAUCCUGGAGGUGCACAUCUUCUUGGGGGACAAAUAUGAAGGACAACUCCAAGAAACUGAAGAAAUGAGACCCAAAUGGUUUGCUCUGGAUGCCAUUCCGUUCAACAACAUGUGGCCUGACGAUCCACUGUGGUUUCCCCUCCUACUCCGGGGGUCAAAGUUCAGAGGUUACUUCAAGUUUGAGGGUCAUAACAAAAUCUUGGAGCAUCAUUUAGAAGAAAUAGAGACUAAGUGAACUCCUGUAUAGACACAGGUAGUAUAAGCGAACGAGAAUCAAUUUCCUGUCCAAGGAGAGACUUCAUCACUCAUGGAAAAGAGAAAAGAUCUUCAGUUCUAUUUUUAACAGUAACCAUGCUACUCUAUUUUUGUUACAUGUUCAUCUGUCUUCUGAAGAUGAAGACAGCAGAGUUAGGAGGUAGGAAGUCUGUGUGGAUGUCUGCGGAAGCAGGUGGUGUAAUUUAACAUGUACACAAAUGUAUUCAUUUUUAAAACCAUGUUUGUGGUUAUUGAACUUUAUUGCAGAUGGGAAGGUUUUGUAUUUGUUCCUUGUGGAGGGUGUAGUUUCAACAGGAAUCUAAAUUCUGACGUCAUUGGAUCAGUUAACCUACAUUUACAGUCAUGUUUGAUCAGUGCGGUGCUGAAUUUUGUGAUUGAGUCUAUUGCAUUGAAGAGAGUGACUCUCAAGUUGAGUCAAGUCAUCAGAUCAAGAUCAUUGAGUUGAGUCUGAGUCACCAAAAAUGUGUCUUAGAUUGGACUCAAGUGGAGCCACUGACCCAUCAAAAAAACUCUGGAUCAGUGACCAUGCGUUGACCACUGGCCAAUCUUUCCUUGGCAACCUAUGCACAAAUUAUAUCCUGGUGCCCAGAAAAAAUCAUACAAGUGAUGGACUGAUGGUUGCUGAUGAACUUUGGCCCAUGCUGUGGAUUCGGAGACAGAUCCGUACUCCACCAUGUAGACUGAAAUAAAGCAUUAAAUUUUAAGAAUUUAGCCUGGCUGUAAGGCAGUGUUGUGUGGAUAUGUGUUUUUUUAAUGGUUAACUUAAAGAAUCUUAGAAUGAUCUAUUUCCGUGGGGAAGAUGGACUAGGUGCUGAUAAUAUGUUUUAAAUAAAAAUAUUUGCAAAAGGCUUUUUCAGAA